AUGACCAUCACAACUGCUGGGAGUUGCAUACCACCUCCUACUUCGAGCAGUCUAUACGCUGGGGCCACAACAUUCACAGAGCCUGAUGGGGGUAUUGUAGUGUCGAGCUCUGGCAUUUUGAUAAUCUCUGGAUCAGAGACGGUAACGAUACCAGCUGUCUCAUCUUUGACCACUCUCACUACUUAUGGUCAAACUUUUACGCUUUCUGGACAGCUAAACCCUCAAAGCCUGACUUUGAGCAUCCUCCCACCCAUUACCACUACCCUUCCAAAUAGGUCAUUAACGACGAUUUCUGGAUCUAUCAUCACUCUACCAGGCGAUACAACAAGGUCCUCUGUGGUUACCAUACUAGCAUCGACAGAAACAUUGCCCAACGGAGUACUCACUACCAUACCCGCAACGACCGAGACACUGAGCAAUAACCCGCCAGAAGGAUCAGAAUCACUGACUACAAUACCCGGCACGACAGAAACUUUACCUAAUGGCUCGCUGACGAUUAUCCCCCCAAGCACGGAGACAAUACAGAGUAUCUCAUCAGUAAUAGUGAUAACGAUUUCACCCACCACCUCUACGCUUCCUGAUGGCUCUUUAACGAGUAUCCUAGGGACCACGGAAACCCUUCAACCUAAUUCUUCAGCUUCUUCUAUUGGACCCUCCUUGACCACUAUCCCGCCCUCUACAACAACGCUUCCUAACGGUUCAUUAAGCAUCAUUCCAGGGACCACAGAAAAUUUUCAACUUGGUUCUUCUACUUCCUCUAAUGGGCUUUCUUUGACAACCGUACCGCCCUCCACAAUAACUCUUCCUAAUGGCUCACUAAGCACCAUUCCAGGGACUACCUCUACGCUGCCUAAUGGAAUAAGUACUACGACCAUCUCAGAAUUCACUGAAACGUUGCCAAACGGGUCACCAACCACCAUCGGGCCGAUUACUUUGACAUUUGGCAGUGGGAUAAUCACCACCACAUAUAGCCCUCAAACCAUAACGUUGCCCAAUGGAUCUCUGACGACCAUACCUGGAGCGACCUUGACUGAGCCACCUAUUAUUACAGGGCCACCAAACACAGCGCCGCCAAACCCACCUAGCACCACGACAAGUUCUUCAGACCAUGACUUGAUACCAUGUGUAAUACCUCCGCUUCCGAUUUGUAUACCUUGCAUCUGGGGUCUCUGCUUUCCACCAGGAACAGGACCACCUCCACCUCCCCCACCACCUGGUGGCGGGGAUGGUGGUACAACUACUGGAAGCACAAGCUCCGGAUGUAAAACGGUUACUGUCACAGACCUCUUCGUGUCAUGUGAUUCGCUCCUCGAUGCAACGACUCUCUCCUGCAGUACGACAUCCUCAAUCACAGUGUCAGGCUGUUUGAUUACCGCAAGUACCACAACUACGACAGUAGGCUCAUGCCCAACAAUAGCCCCAGAAGACGGGACUGAUGGUGAUAACGUCGGGUGCUUCAGCCCUACAACACCCUGCGAUGUCAAAAUAUGUUCCGGGAGUGUUGAAGCUGGAAAAGGAGUUUGCGGCUCCAGCACUUCCUUCUUUGGUUGUCCUUGCACACCUGGUUCAUCAACCCCUGGGUUCUGCGGUACACCUCAAUCAUGUGACUCCAAUAACUGCGCAGGAACCUUUGAUGCUGAUGGGAAAGCAACCUGCAAACAGGCCUUAACAGGUUGUCAAUGUUUACCCACAAGGAAUACAUGUGGAAACGCUCAAAGCUGCGACGCCAAAAAUUGCGCAGGUACUUUCGAUGCUGACGGACAAGCUACUUGUAAAGGUUUCUUUGAUGGAUGCCCUUGCACCGCAACAGUCAAUACAUGUGGAAACCCUCAAAGCUGCGACGCCAAAAAUUGCGCAGGAACUUUCGAUGGUGAUGGACAAGCCACUUGUAAAGAUUCCUUUGCGGGAUGCCAAUGCACUCCAACAACCAAAACAUGUGGAAAUCCUCGAAGCUGCGACUCCAAUAACUGCCAGGGCAGCUUUGAUAGUGAUGGUAAAGCUACCUGCAAAGGUUCUUUUACAGGAUGUCAAUGUGCUCCUACAGACAACACAUGCGGCACUCCACAAUCGUGCGAGGCUAGAGGAUGCGCUGGAUUACUCAGUCACGGAGCGGCAACUUGCCAAGGAAAAUUCGCAGGAUGCAAAUGUGUCGCUGAUGCCAACACACCUGGCUUUUGCACGAAUCUCGGAUCUUGUGAAUUCGCGGGCUGCAAUGGCAAGAUCGUCGAUCCAAGCAGUAACUUGGGUGUUUGUCAGGGAGGAAGCCAUGUUGGAUGCUCUUGUGUCCCGGAUGCUCAAACACCCGGUUUCUGUGGUCCAAUUGCGUCUUGCGAUGCCAAUGGCUGCCAGGGAACGCAAGUCGGUGCAGGUAGCUCAUUUGGUACAUGUCAAGCCGGAUCUCACAUCGGAUGUAGUUGUCUUUUCCAGUCGCCAACCACUACAUCGCUACCUCCGUCUAGCCCAACAGACAAUUGUGAAAAUGAUUGCUUAGCCAUUCUCACCGACAAGGUCAAUUCACUUCCAGACCAAAUCUGUACAAAUGAUUCUAAUAACAACUUCAUCGACUCUGGAAGUUCACCUGCCGGGUUUACUGACUGGUGGAGGCUGGCUUCUCACAGCAACUGCUUUUUGGUCCUUGCGAAACAAUCUGGCUCUGGGUCAUUUCCGGGUGGGUAUUGCUUCAAUAAAAGUUUUGUUCAAGCCUGGGUGACGAAUAAUGCCUUGGGUUGCAAUUCUGGAGAUGAUUUCUUCCGGCCAAGUCAGCCGUUGCCAGAUGAAAGUAACUUUUCAGGUGAUGGUAUGGUUUGUCUCUCAAAUUUCCUGAAUUAUCAGCUUUGCGGCUCUUCGACAAAGAAUGGGGGAACCGAUUUUGGGGCAGGAGGAGGAGUGAACCCACCAAGGUAA